AUGUUUACAUUGUUGGUUUUGUUUCAGUUUCCAGCAUCGGUUACAUUGUUGUGGAAAGUGACAAGGAUGCAGGGAGAGAGGGCAAGUAUCGGUUCUACAUCUAGCAACCCUGUGGUAGAACAUCUGAUUCGUUGGGAUAAUGAUCUGCAGAACUACAUGAGUUCAGCUGCUGCUGAUACAAACACUAGUUUGUCAAACUCAGUGUAUCAUGAGCAACGUGACUUGCACAGGUUUAUCCUUGGUGAAGCUAGCUCUAGUGGUCCAAAGAACGAAGCCCCUAGUGAGCAAUGGAUGCAAAUGGGACGUUUUGAGGAAUGA